GACGCAGUUCUUCCUCUCGGAGUGGAGCUCCAGAUGAAGGACCCAUCAGAGACCAGACCCUGCUGAACCUGGGCCCAGCUGUGUGUCCAUGAAGAGACACCGGUCCACGGAGACACCCCCACUUUAAAAACAAGGAGACCUGUAAUGGAGCAAAAAAGUGUGAGGGAGAGAAUUGAAAAGGAGAGCAGGACAGUGGAAAUAGAGAAGAGGAGAAGGAGGACCCAUCAGAGACCAGACCAUCCUGAUCCUGAUCCUGAUCCUGAUCCUGAACCCAGCUGUGUGUCCUUCAAGAGCGACCGGUCAUAUGAAGUUCUCAUUAACUUUAAAGGAGAACAACCCUCUGCUGGAAGGAGACUGGACCAGGAGAGCUCAGAAGGUCCCAGUGGUCAGCCUGCCCAGCAGCAUCAAACCCACCUGGACUCCAUCUUUAUGCUGCUGGAGGAGAACAUUGUCACUUUUGUGAAGAAUGAGCUGAAGAAGAUCCAGAAGCUUCUGAGACCAGAGUACCCAGAAUGCCCAGAGAGUCAGAGGGAGGAUGAGGAUGAAGAGCAGAGGAGCAGCAGAGAGGCGUUUCUGAAGAUCACACUGCACUUCCUGAGGAGAAUGAAGCAGGACGGGCUGGCUGACCGUCUGCAGAGCAGAAGUCCAGCAGGAGUUUGUAAGCGUAAACUCAAAUCUAAGCUAGACAGGAAGUUCCAGCGUGUGUUUGAGGGGAUUGCUAAGAAGGAGACCAAACCGUUCUGGAUCAGAUGUUCACAGAGAUCUACCUCAUGAAGGGAAGGCCUGCAGAGGUCAAUGAUGAACAUGAGGUCAGACAGAUUGAAACAGCAUCCUGGAAACCAGACAGACCAGAAA